AUGGCGGCCCUUAAACUUUUUUCGCUCGCCUCUGCGUCUGCGUUCGUGUUGGCGAACGCUGUCCAUCAAACGGCAAAGCAAACUUCAUUGACACCGCAGGGAACAUCCCCAACCUACACUGUAAAACUCGGCAACUCUGGAGUAUGCCUCGACGAAAUGAACGCUGCACGCGAAGCUGCUGGACUGGAACACUUUGAAGCGCCAGCCGAAGAACUAACGUGGCCUCAAACUAGCGCGGAGAAAACAAGACAGCCAAGUACUGCCUGGAAUCGUGUUUGUAAAGCUCUGAUAGCAGAGGACUCAGAAGAAGGAGACGUUGGCGCAUAUGCAAAUGAAUUUCAAAGUGGCACAUACGCCUUCAUGGCCUUGGAAUCGGAGACGCCCGACUGUGCCGCCGCAGUGAAGCACUGGAAGGACGCCGCCAGCAACUUCACUACAAUCCCUCCGUCGAAGAAGCAAGAACCGACACUCUACGACAAACAGCAGAACGUUUCCCUUAUUGCUCUGUACAACCCUUCAGAGAAUGCCGCUGCUGACUGCCGGGUUGUGACCUGCACUCUACCAGCAGAUCAGGCACUGUCAAGGUCCAACAUCCGGAGCGCUGAGCAAGACAAGCAUGGCUAUGCUCUACUGUGCAUGACCACGCCUGAUGCACUUGAAGGCGAUGAUGCUCCCUUCGACGAAGACCAGUGGAACAAGAUCAAGGCAUCCAUCACAGGUUCAGCCUCUGCUGUUGCCCCGAGUCUACUUGCCCUCGCUAUUGCCGUCGUUGGGUUGGUUGCCCUUUGA